GAGGUGAUGGAGCUGGUGGGGGAGAACCAGAGCACCUUCAGCGACAUGGUGGCUGAGCUGGGCCUGUCUGCCGCCCUGGGCCCCGGGACCGAGUACACCCUGCUGGCCCCCGUCAACACCGUCUUCACCGAUGAGGUAAUGAGGACGGACCAGACCCUUCUGAAGGAGACGCUGGAAAACCACAUCCUCAAGCUGAAGGUCACCCUGAGCGAGCUCUACAACGGACAGCAGCUGGAGACCCUGUUCGGAAACCUUCUGCGCGUCUUCAUCUACCGCACGGCGGUGUGCAUCGAGAACGCCUGCAUGCUGCGCGGCGGCAAGGAGGGCAGCAACGGAGCACUGCACCUGAUGCGCUCCCUGAUCAAACCGGCCCGCAGGAGCAUGUACGAGAUCCUGGUCGCCGACGGACGCUUCAGGGUCUUCCUGUCUCUGAUGGAGAGCGCCGGGCUCACCCAGAUGCUGGAGCAGGAAGGCUCCUACACCGUCUUCGCCCCCACCGACGACGCCUUCAACGGCCUCUCCGAGGAGGACCUCACCCUCCUCACCGGUGACGUGAACGCUCUGAGGACCAUCCUGCUCUACCACUUCAGCAACGGGGUGUUCAUCAACGGCGGACUGGAGGGCGGGGUCACCAAUCUGCUCAAAACGCUCCAGGGACAAAACCUCCAGGUGUUGUCGGUGAACAACUCCAUCCACGUCAACUCGGUGGACGUGCCAGACAACGACCUGAUGGCCACCAACGGCGUGGUGCACGUGGUGAAGAACAUCCUUUAUCCCGCCAACAUUCCCGUGGGCCGCGAAGACCUCCUCCUUCUCCUCAGGAAGAUUAUCAAGUACAUCCAAAUCAAGUUUGUGUCUGGAUAUUCUUACUCCGAGAUCCCCCUCACUUUCAUCAUGCCUGGAGUGACCAAAGUGACCCGGGUCAUCAGUGGCGGUGAGCCGACGAUCACCAAGGUGACCAGGGUCAUCAACGCCGAACCCAUCACCACCACGGUGGUGAGGGUGGUGGAGGAGGAGCCGACGCUCACCUCGGUGACGAGGGUGAUCGGGGGCGACGCCUCCCUCAACACGCUCACCGUGCACGGCGAGACGGCGCCCACCGUCACCAAGGUGACCAGGGUCGUCCACACGGAGCCCAGCAGCACCAAGGUGAUGAGGGUGGUGGAGGGGGAGGGGCCCACCCUCACCACGGUGACGAGGGUCAUCGGCGGGGAAUCCUCCGUCAACACGCUGACGGGCGUCUUCGAGGUGGAGCCCACCGUCACCAAGGUAACCAGAGUGGUCAGCGGCGGCGGCGGCGGCGAGGGUUCCAUCACGAGAGUGGUCAGCAGCGGCGGCGAGGGUUCCAUCACCAGAGUGGUCAGCGGCGGCGGCGGCGGCGAGGGUUCCGUCACGAGAGUGGUCAGCAGCGGCGGCGGCGGCAGCGAGGGUUCCGUCACGAGAGUGGUCGGCAGCGGCGGCGGCGGCAGCGAGGGUUCCUUCACGAGGGUGGUCAGCGGCGGCGGCGAGGGUUCCGUCACGAGAGUGGUCAGCAGCGGCGGCGGCGGCAGCGAGGGUUCCGUCACGAGGGUGGUCAGCGGCGGCGGACGCGGCGAGGGUUCCAUCACGAGGGUGGUCAGCGGCGGCGGCGGCGAGGGAUCCGUCACGCGGGUGGUCGACGGCGGGGAGGGCUCCUUCAAGGUAACGAGAGUGGUCCAGGGGGGAGGGUCCGUCAAAAAGGUGACGAGAGUCGUGGAGGGCGAACCGUCCUACACCACGUUGACGAGGGUCAUCAGCGGGGAGCCCCCGAUCACCACGCAGACCAUCGAGUCGGAGCCCACCAUCAGCAGGGUGGUGGUCGGGGGAGAGCACUCCAUCCACCAGGUCACCCGCAUGAUCCAGGGGGGGGAGCCGUCCGUCACCAAGGUCACCGUCGGAGGCGAGCCCGGCCUCACCAAGGUCACCAGAAUCAUUGAAACACAUGUCGGUGACAUGGGCGGCGAGAUGAAGAAGGUUCUGGAGGAAGAGGUAGCCAAGAUAAAGAAGCACCAGGAAGAGCAGCUCCUGAAAAUCGUAGAGGGAGGUGAAGCCGGCACCCUGCGAAUCCUCCAGCCUCAGAUCUUUAAGGGUUCUGAGUUCUCUAAGAUCACCACCAUCCACGGCGACCCCAAUCUGAUCGAGCUCGAAUCGGAGAGAAUCUCCAAGCUGAUUAGAGACGGGGGUCCAGUAGCCUCCGCAAGGAGACCACCAGUCGGUAUGAGGAGAAGAAAGAUGAAGGCCAGGCGUCACAUCAGGCCAAGGCAGUGAGCGUGGCAAUGAGAAGAUCCAAGCCCACAACCUCAAGAUCCGGGGAGAGAUACGGAGAGAGUCACCGGGGGUCCGAGAACGGUACGGAAAGACCGAACAAUCGUGGGUGGACAAGAAGCGAUGGAGUUGAGGAGCUCCUUGUUCCAUCCACAAAACGGAUGAAUGCGACAUUGGUUCAGAGCGCGAUAGGCGAUGAGGUUUUAUACUGCAAUGCUAUAAGAAGUACUCUGUGUGUGUAAUUAAUGUAAGUAUGCAAGGUAAAUGUUUACUGCAGUGUGUAGGGGGAGGAGAGUGUAAGAUAGGGUUGACCGUGGAGAGGGAGGACUUUGUGAAAGAUUGACUGUAGUUUUUGUUUUGUUUCUUUGUUAACGAAUGGCAUUGUUUUCAAACUGGUGCUGACAUUUUAUACAACUGAUGCUGCAUGACAAAUGAUCACAUUCACAUUAACUCUUAUUUUCAUUUUGUUUGGUUGAUUUGGUGACUCAAAUGUUUAAUGGUUUUGAACGUAUGCUUGGUUUUAUGUUUGUCCACGUGAUACAAUACAAAUCUCUAGUAUUUUUUUACUGUAUGCUCUGAGUGGCAAAGAGAGACCAAAAUAAAAAAAAAAGCGUUUACUUUGGAAUACAGUUUUCCUUUUGCUUGUUUUUCAACCGGGUGUACAUACUUCUCUUCUCCAUGCCACUCCUGUCUGCGGUGAUUUGACGGGAAAUUCAUUUAAGCUAUGGUUCAAUAAAAUUAUAACAAUUCAUUGUGUUUGCAUUU